AUGUCUCCUCCGGCGUCGGCUGCGACUGCCAGCGAAAGCAGCACGACCACCACCGCCGUGUUUGAGGAGGACACCAGAGAGGAGCAAAAACCCCUCAAGCAAUCUCUGAGGAAGUCAAUAUGUCGGGAGAGUUUCUGGAAAUGCCUGCUCCUGUCCGUUCUCAUGUACGGCUGCAUGGGAGCCAUGGUUUGGUGUCACGUCACCGAGGUGACCCGCCUCACCUUUGACAGCGCAUUCAAAGGGAAAUCCAUGAUGUACCACGACAGUCCCUGCUCUGAUGGCUACAUAUAUAUUCCUCUAGCCCUACUGGGCAUGCUUUACUUGGUCUACCUGGUGGAAUGCUGGCACUGUCACGUGCAGAACGAGCUGCAGCACAAAGUCGACGUGGAGGGCAUUUACGAGCGAAUCCAGAGGAUGCAGCAAGCCAAACCUUGCAUCUGGUGGAAGGCCAUCAGUUACCACUACGUGCGUCGCACCCGGCAAGUCACACGCUACCGCAACGGGGACGCGUACAGCAGUACUCAAGUUUACCACGAGCGAGUCAACACUCAUGUGGCGGAAGCCGAAUUUGACUACGGUCACUGCGGAGUGAAAGAUGUCUCCAAACAGCUGCUCAGCCUGGAGAAGUCUGCCCUCACAAAGAUGCGUUUUACCAAGUGUUUUAGCUUUGCCAACGUUGAGUCUGAGAAUUCGUACCUCACGCAGCGAGCAAGAUUUUUCACUGACAACGAAGGCCUCGACGACUAUAUGGAAGCCAGGGAGGGCAUGCACCUGAAAAACAUUGACUUGAAGGAAUAUAUCAUGGCUCUGUCUGACCCCGAGCACCACCCCUGGUAUCUGUCCCAUUAUGUCUUCUGGUUCGCCUCAUUCCUCACCUUCUCAUGGCCUCUACGAGUGUUCAUUGAGUAUCGCACCGCAUAUGUCCACUAUCGCGUCGAGAAACUCUUCGGACAUGAUUACAUUCCAGUGACACCGUGUGAGGACAGGCCAUAUUGGCGACGUAUCCCCCGCGUCAACACCAUUGACAGUACGGAAUUGGAGUGGCACAUUCGGUCCAACCAGCAGUUGGUUCCAAGUUACUCAGAGGCAGGCCUCAUGGACCUAGCCCAGUGCCCCUCCACCUUCAGUGGCAUUCGUCAGAAUUGUGAGCGCUGCCACAGGGCCAUCAGUUGCUCCUCAGUGUUCUCCAGAAGCGCCCUCAGCAUCUGUACGGGAGCCAGCUCCAGAAUCCCCUUCAGCGGCAGUCGAUUCUCCCUGGCUCGACGCUACGGAUCACAAAGGAGCUGCUUUUGGAGGAGCGGAAGUUUGGACGACCAGGAGAGUCCCAGCGAAAACACCCGGUGCCUGUCAGAACGCCUCAACACAGACGACGAAGAACCCCCAGACUACGACGACGCGCUGUGCUACCCGGUGCUCAUUGUCCACUCCAGCGAAAACUGCCACAACCGCAGGUCCUUCCACAGAAACAACUCUUGUGUGGAGACUUCACUGUGA